AGCGGAGCCGUCGGUGCAGGAGCGGGUGGGGAGCGGAACGAGGCGGGCGCAGCUCCGCGCCCAUGGCGCACCGCGCCGCGGAGACGGGAGCGGCGGUUCCCUCCCGGCAUCGUACCGCCUCCGAGUCCCCCGCAAAGGCGGCCGAGCCGGGGCGGGAGGAGGACAGCAAGGAAGAGCUGUGGCGGGCGGGCGGCCGCGACGGCAGAGAGUCGAAGCGAAGGGGACGCGGUGAGAGAGCCGAGAGCGCCGGGCGGAGGGAGGAGGACGAGAGCGGGGACGGGGCGUGCGGGAGCACGGCGGAAAAGAGAGGGGAGCCGCGGGACGGCGCUUCAGGGGGCGGAGGUCGGCGGCCGGAGCUGCGCGUUGUGCUGCUGGGGCGGAGCGGAGCGGGGCGCAGCGCCACCGGCAACACAUUGCUGGGCGAGGAGCGCUUCGAGUCCCGGCUGGCGUCCCAACCCGUCACCACCACGUGCAAAGACGGCAGGCGGGAUUGGGGCGAGUGGUCCGUGGUGGUCAUGGACACCCCGGCGAUUUUCGGGGGCUCUCAGUGGGACAAGCAGCAUUUGGCCGAGGAGCGCCGGCGCUGCAACAGAUUCGCUGCCCGGGAGCCCUGCGUGCUGCUGCUGGUGACACAGCUGGGCCGUUACACGCGGGAGGACCGCGAGGUGCAGGAGAGCGUGCAGAAGCUCUUUGGGAAGGGCGCUAAGAAGAGUAUGAUGGUGGUGUUCACAAGGAAGGAAGACCUGGGGGGCGGCUCGCUGGAUGAAUACGUGAAGACGGCCGAGAACGGAGCGCUGCGGAAGCUGGUGAAGGCGUGCGGGAAGCAGUGCUGUGCUGUGAGCAACAGAGCGCCGAGGCGGGACCGGGAUGUGCAGGCUGAUGAGGUGCUGCACAGGGCUGAGAGCAUCGCCCUCAGGCAGAGCGAGGAGCGAGGGGCGUCGUGUUGGUUGUGUUUGCCUCCGGAGCCGAAGGGCCGCGGGGCGCGGGACGACGAAGGGCCGCUGGUCGGGAAGAGCGGCGGCGGGAGGAGCGCGACGGGGAACAGCAUCCUGGGGCGGGCGGCCUUCGAGUCGCGGCUGUCCACGCGCGCGGUGACGCGGAGGAGCGAGCGGCAGAGUUACGGUUACCGCGUGCACGUGGUGGACACGCCGGAUGCCUUCGACUCGCCGGAGCGCAGCGCCCGGUGCCUCCGCGAGGUCGCCCGCUGCGCGCUGCUGUCGGCUCCGGGGCCGCACGCGCUGCUGCUGGUGACGCAGCUGGGCCGCUUCACGCAGGAGGACGAGGCGGCCGUCCGGCAAGUGUGGCGGCUGUUCGGGCGCGGCGCCGCUGAGCGCACCGUCGUGGUUUUCACGCGCGGGGACGAGCUGACGGGCGGCUGCCUUGUGCGGCACGUGAAGGACACCGGCACCGCCGCGCUGCGGGAGCUGCUGCGCCCGCUACCGGAACGAGCUGCCGCUGCGUCAGUGCCGCACUUCUCACUGCCGGUCCGACGGCUCGGACUGACGGGAGGCUGCAGCGUCCGUGCCUGGAGGAGCGCAAAGAAAGGCACAACCACGGCCACUCGACGCAUCCCUGUGCUGCCUGGGGACGGCAGAGGCUCCACAAUGCGGCUGCUGCUGGUCGGGAAGACUGGAGGGGGGCGAAGCGCCACGGGGAACACCAUCCUGGGGCGGCGCGUCUUCGAGUCCAAGCUGUCCACCACACCGGUGACCCGCAGCUGCCAGUCAGCGAUUGGGCACUGGGAUGGAGAAGAAAUCGAGGUGGUCGACACGGCCGACAUCUUCCAUUCGUGGAAUGGCAGCGAUGAGGAGUGCAGGGAAAUCACCCGCUGCAUUGAGCUGUCCUCGCCCGGCCCCCACGUGCUGCUGUUGGUCACCCAGCUGGGCCGCUUCACCCAGGAGGACCAGGAGGCCGUGCAGGGCGUGCAGGACAUCUUUGGAGUCGGUGUGUUCAGGCACAUGGUUGUUGUGUUCACCCGGGGAGAGGAGCUGGUGGGGGGAUCGCUGCGUAACUACGUGACCUACACUGACAACGCGGCUCUGCGCAGGCUGAUCCAGAGCUGCCAGAAUCGGUAUUGCGGCAUCAACAACUGGGCUUCCGGGCCAAAGCGGGACCAGCAGGUCCAGCAGCUGAUGAAUAUGAUCCGCCAAACCAUGCGGGAGAAUGAGGGAAGGUGCUACAGCAAUGAGUUGUACCUGAAUCCCUUUUUAACAGAAGAGAAAGUGAGGUAUCACAUGGAGAAUGCAGCCAAACCAUGGGGCAGGCUGCUCGACUUGUCAUACAGGGGAGUCCUUUUAAAAUGUGGGAUAGUUCUCAUUUUCAUCGCUUUGAUUGUCAUCUGUGUCCUUAUUUGGUGGAAGAGGCAAUCGGAUGAACCCCAUAAUGCACAGUCCCCCAGUAUCAGAAUCCCAGAACCCUGAAGCACUUGGGGCCGCAGGCACCACUCCAUCCCCACCCACCGCCAACCCCCAGCACCCCCUGCCCAGGGCUGCGUCCCUUUGGCUGUUGCACCCCUGCAGGGACAGAGAGCCCACCGUCAUGCAGGGCCACGAGGGGCUGUAGGGCCGUGAACUGUCAACAAGAAGUGAAGGCGAAGUGUCCUGUAAGUGUCCCUUGUGUUCCCUGUGGGUUAAUUACACACUAAAACCAACACCCAUCUCUGCGGAAAGGUGAUCAGAAUGAGCCAGCUGCUAUCCCCUCCCAAAUGCAGGAACCCCUUGUAUGCCUGCCCAAAGAUGUAUCAGAAUACCCAAUUAGAGACUGUAGAGAGAUGUAAUUUUGUAAACUGUCAUGUAAGGAUAACUGCACUUCUGUUUGGGGCUGUGCUUGCUUUGGGAAGGAUCACCAGACACCUGAUUGUGACAGAAAUAAAACAGAGACCUCUGUCUGCA